CCCGCAGCAGCAGCAGCAGCAGCAGCAGCAGCCACCCCGGCCCUUCUCUCGGACCCCGGGCCAUGGAGAGGAGGCUCCGCGAGGCGCAGCAGUACAAGGAGGAGGGGAACCAGCGCUACCGGGAGGGGCGCUACCGGGAUGCUGUGAGCCGGUACCACCGGGCCCUGCUUCAGCUUCGGGGCCUCGACCCGAGCCUGCCAUCGCCGCUGCCCCCCCUGGGCGCCCGAGGCCCGGCGCUGACGGUCGAGCAGCAGCAGGUGCUGGAGAGCACGCAGGCCGACUGUUACAACAACCUGGCCGCCUCUCUCCUUCAGAUGGAGCCAGUAAACUAUGACCGAGUGAGAGAAUACAGUCAGAAGGUCUUGGAGCGCCAGCCGGCCAAUGCCAAGGCCUUGUACCGGGCAGGAGUGGCUUCUUUUCACUUACAGGACUAUGACCAGGCCCGACGCUACCUUCAGGCCGCCACUGACCGUCAACCAAAAGAUGCCAAUGUCCGGCGAUACCUGCAGCGGACGGAAUCGGAACUAAGCAGCUACCACCAAAAGGAAAAACAGCUUUACAUGGGCAUGUUUGGUUAGCCAGAGACAUAGAGGCCUUCUUUAACCCUCCUUACUUUAGGGUGAACCCCUAGAUUCCCCCCUCCCCCCCGAACUGGAAGCAGGGGCUUCAAGCAGGAGAAGUGGGCGCUCCACCUGCGACCUACCUGGGCUGCGCUUUGGCUUCCGUCCCUGCACCAACUCCUCCUCGUACACAGUCCACGUCUUCCUCUUCCUAGCCCUCUCCGUGUUUCUGUCCAGCAUCAUCGUUGUAGCCUCGAGGAGCUUUACUGGGAAACACCAGAGCAAGCCACUAGAUGCAAGUGGAAUAAAUGAUCUCGGCCAACUGCAGAUUCCCAGAAAUGGAUGGCCGCAUUGGUCACAGGUGGAUGAUGAGGCUGGCAGAAAGGGGUGUAUGAAGGGCAAGCAGGAACAAGGCUUCCGAAAGUCAGUGGAAUGCUAUUGGACCGUUGGGGGUGAUGGGUGUUUGGGUGGCAUCAAAGGACAGCCUGGUAGGCUGGGAACACCCUUUCUGGGUCACAUUCUCGUUCUGUUUUUCAUGAUAAUCAAAAUCAGAGGUUAGGCCAAAAUGUAUGAAAACUUAACAUUAGAAUGAUCAUUUUCCCCCUUGGGUUAAACUGACACAGUUGUUCUGAGACUAAUGAUUGUUUACCUGACAAGGACAUCUGAGCCCUGCUCAGAUUUUUCUUAUCACUCCUGGUUUCUGCUUCUUUCUCCAUAAUUAGCAUUUAUUUCUGAAGCAUACAUGAGCCUCAAGAAUGAACCACAUUCCUUUGGCUACAGUAGCAAAGUGACCACAUGAUGCUGGCCGCCCUCCAUGGAAGAUGUGUGAAAGCGGUCUCAGUCCGUCCCCAUAGAAACCACUGUGCCAUACAAGGAUUAUUAAAAACAUCCUUCUCUGUCUACCUGAGAGCCCCUGUAUUUUUCCAGUGCCUCCCUCCUCCAGGGUACCCAAGUACCUGAGUGACAGAAAGAGAGGCUCACUUUUCAAGGUGUUGGGGAUGCCCAGAGGAGGGGCUGGUCUGGCUGUCCAUGUCAUUCAUUGGUAAGCCAAGGCUUCUCAUAUCGAGGGGUCAUUAGGUUUUUAUUAGUAUUAUUAUUAUUAUCAACUGGUUGAAUACAAUUUGUUUCCUUUGUAA